GUGGCAGGGCUAGCUGUCAGCCAAUAGGGAGGCAUUGGUCGGGUGGUGGCAGGGCUAGCUGUCUGCUUAAAGCUGAUUUCCAUUAUGUAAGGUGUUGAUCCCGUGGAUGUAUUUUAGCUGUCAAAGCCUAAUCCUGCUCUUAUUUUAUUUAAUUUGAGCUUCGGUAGCAAUAUCGUGCCUCUGUUUCGGUGCUCUCAGAAAGGUGCGUGGGUUACCUUGAACAAGGAGGUUAAAAAUCACCUUGCCUUGAAUACGUUUGCCAGUUCCUAAAGAUGUUGUCCUUCCCCCCACGGCAGGUGUACAUCCAUUGCACCAUGGUGGUCUGCUUCCAGAGCGACCCGGACUCGCGGUGCAGUCAGGGCUGCAUCCCGCCCAGCCGGCGCAGGCGCGCUGUGCCCGACCUGAGCGAGACCCGAGUGCGACGUGCCAGCGAAACGGACCACAUAACAACCAUCAGCCAGGGACCCUUCAAAGUGGAGAAUGCACAAGAAGAAGCCGCCCCCCUCCCCACUGUUGGCAUCGCUGUGGGCACAGCUGCGGGGAUAGCCGGAGUCCUGCUGGUGGCUGCUGCUGCCUUCCUGGUGAGGAAGAGACGCGGACGUGACGCCAAGGAGCAGGCCGAGGAUCGUGUCGGUCAGUACGAUGUUCAUGCACCUAACAGAAACUGCUGUGAGACGCUUGUUAAAGACCCCUUGUUAAUGUAGCAAUAAGUAAGGCAACAGAACAGUUUAGCUAAGCCAUGCAUGAGUCUUCGAUUGUCCACGUGUCAUCAUUUAGCAAUAGAUUUUUUAAAAGUUUGUAGACAGAUUCUGCCCUUAAACUCUAACCUCCCCAUACUAAUAGUUGCAAGGAGCAUUC